AACGCGACCGUCAACGAGUAAACAACAUAAGCGCGUCUCUCCGUCACAAGGACAUACCCCUACACACACACGCACACACGCACACACACACACACACACAGAGAGAGAGAGUAGAGUCCGCUCCGCUCCAUUCGGGAUCCGUAUCCGUAUUCGCAGUCCACACACCAUAUCCAAAUCGAUUUGAUGUCCACACACAUGUCAAUGCUUAAUGAGAACGGUUUGAGGAGCAGUCCCGUGGAUGCACAUGGCAACAAUAAGGGCAGUGCAACAACCACAAUGUUGACCACAAAAACGCCAUUCUCCAUUGAGCAUAUAUUGUUUCAAAAUUUAAAUAGUGCCAGUGCCAAUGCCAAUGCCAGUGCCAAUAGCAAUAGCAACACCAAUUCCAAUAAUAAUGUGAAUAAUAAUACUAGUAACAAUAAUAAUAAUAAUAGCAGUCACAAGUGCGGCAAGAAUGCGGUGAAAGGUGCCAGCAGGAGCGGCUUUGCCCCAUCAUACGACAAUAAUACACAGAAGCAGCAUCCGCAGCAGCAUCAUCAUCCGACGGCAUCCACGGCAGCUUCAGCCGCGUCGGCAUUGACACGCGGCGGCAGCCAGGGAGCAGCAGCGUCGGGAUAUGGCAACGAGGACUAUGCCAAGUCCCUGCACAAUAGUCAACGUGGCAGCCAUCAUCCACGUGCUGGAGCCUCUCAUUAUGGCAGCUCUUCCGCGGAAACAACAGCCCAGCAGUUGGGAUCACAGCUACCGCCAGCACCACAGCCGCCACCUCCACCGCCCCCGAAUGGUGGUGGGGGCCCCAAUGGCGGAGGAGUGCUCUAUCCCAGUGCGGCGUACACGGACCAUGGCUUCCUGCAAAUGACCCUCGGCUAUCUGUCGCCAUCGUCGGGCACAUACAAGUCCGUGGAUCCCUAUUUUCUCUCACAAGCCAGCCUGUUUGGGGGAGCGCCCUUCUUUGGGCCGCCCGGCUGUGUGCCCGAGCUGGCCCUGGGCCUCGGGAUGGGCGUGAACGCGCUGCGGCAUUGCCGGCGGCGCAAGGCACGCACCGUGUUCAGCGAUCCCCAGUUGUCCGGCCUGGAGAAGCGCUUCGAGGCGCAGCGGUAUCUGUCCACACCAGAGCGAGUGGAGCUGGCCACAGCGCUGGGGCUGAGUGAGACGCAGGUGAAGACCUGGUUCCAGAACCGACGAAUGAAGCACAAGAAGCAGCUGCGACGACGCGACAAUGCCACUGAACCCGUUGACUUCUCACGCACCGAACUGGGCGGCUGCAGCACUGGCAAACAGCAGCCAGGCGAAGCCUCCUCUGCCUCCACGGACGGCCCCAAGCAUGGCUCCAAGAUGGCCUCUAGUGGCAGCAGUGGUGGUGCAGGCGCUGGCGCUGGCGCUGGCACGCCAGCUGGCAGUCAAACCCCCAAUCCCCAGCAACAGCUGCAGAUGUGCUUCCUGCAGCAGGGCUACUCAACGGACGAUUACUCCGACCUGGAGGCGGACAGCGAGGAUGAGGAUAACUCCAGCGAUGUGGACAUUGUGGGGGACACUAAGUUAUAUCAACUCACAUAGAUCUGAUUGCCAGGAUCUCAUCAAGUCUGUUCUAUCGAUGAGCGCCUUGUCGUGGUUUUAAAUGGGGAAAAAGGAAGCCCUUUCUAAAGGUAUUUGU